AUCUAUAAUUUAUCCCAAAAAAAUUGAAAGGAGCUUUAACUAAAAGACCUCGCAACAAGAAUUCCAACGAAGCAGUGUAGUUAGCAACUCGGCAAUGGCUUCUUUGUCGACUUGGUGUAGGUACAUACGUCACAAGCUCGAGUACUCCUUCUCUCUUAGCUGGAAGAGCUAUAAGAGAGGUCUAAUCAGUGACCGGGAAUUAUAUGAUACAGUUUGGAAAAAUGUAUUUCAAGGAAAAUUGACUUACUUACACUGGAAUAAGGGAGAGGCAAUGGCCCCAACAAUUGGAGAACAAGCAAGUACUCUUCUUGUUCGAAAGAUUCCAAUUGCUGACCCAACUCGAGUUUUUCUUGGAGAUGUUAUUGUCUUGAAGGACCCUGACAAUUCAGAAAACUAUCUGGUCAGAAGAUUGGCUGCCACAGAAGGAUAUGAAAUGGUGUCAAAGGAUGAAAAAGAUGAGCCAUUUGUUCUUGAAAAGGACCAAUGCUGGGUAUUGGCUGACAACGACAAAUUGAAGCCCAAGGAAGCUAAGGACAGUCGGUUAUUUGGUCCUGUUUCUAUGACCGACAUAGUUGGUCGAGUUAUAUAUAGUCUGCGAACAGCUGUUGACCAUGGUCCUGUUUUGAACAGUCAUUACAGCAUGCGGAAGGAUUCUUCGCUGUUGGAAAUAGAGCUGGAUGUCAGUGACAUGAUGAAAAAUCACAAAGCCUAAACCGUCCAUCACUUGAUGCUGACUCCUUUGGUUCUAUCUAUAGUCUUUAUUGCCCAUAUUCCUCUGUGGGUAUCAUUUUAGUUCGACAUGGAAAUGAAAGGAAGAAAAAAAAAGAAAAAAAGAAACGAGGGUGUUUUGGGUUCAUGUGUUAUUCAGGAUCUGCUUUUGUCCUUUAGGAAGCACAACAAUCUGGGUAAUUUUCUUCGUAACUUUUUCCAGCCGAAGAACUCGAAAGGCAGCCUGUCUUGAAAUGAGUUUCUAGCUUGAAUAACUUGGCUAAACAAGGUAAGACUAUUAGGAAUUAGGGCAGGGAGGCAUCAUUGUCUUUGGUUGGUCAUUGUUUUUAAUCUUCCUGUUCUUCAUUUGUUAUGAUUUGGUAUUUUGCCUCUGUUAAUUGCUCUAGAAUUAUUGUGAAAGAAUGGGUCCGGCUGACAGUAUAUGAUCUGAAAAUUGGUAAAUCAAAGAAAUGCUUCUUGCCUUGUUUGUUGGGCACUUUAAA